GCCCCCUCCUGGGAGAGACUUAAAGGGACGGUUUGCUCAGCAGCGGUGCGAUGCCCCCUCGCUGAGUGACCCAGGCCCCCGCCGGCCCGCGUAGACGCGCCCAGUCCAACCCCGCGCCACCAUGUAAACGGACCCCGCAGGAGGACGCUGGCUUCUCUGCCUGGUACCCCUCCGCCCUGCCCCGGGCCUCGGGGCCCUCGAUGAGGACACACCAUGCUGACUGGGAUGACCGAUGGCUUCUUCUGCUGCCUGCUGGGUGCGCCACCCAAUGCAGUAGGGCCUCUGGAGAGUGUCGAGUCCAGCGAUGGCUACACCUUCGUGGAGGUCAAGCCUGGGCGCGUGCUGCGGGUGAAGCAUGCUGGACCUGCUCCAGCCCCCACCCCACCUCCACCGCUGCCUGACGCCGCUCAGGGGGACCUAUCUGGCUUGGUCCACUGCCAGCGCCGAAUCACUGUGUACCGCAACGGGCGGUUACUGGUGGAAAAUCUGGGCCGGGCACCGCGAGCUGACCUCCUACACGGGCAGAAUGGCUCUGGGGAGCCGCCGGCCUCUCUAGAGGUGGAGCUGGCGGAUCCAGCGGGCAGCGAUGGCCGCUCGGGCUCGGGCACCACUGGGAAUGGCAGUGGUGGGCGACGACGGCGAGCCCGGCGCCCCAAGCGGACCAUCCACAUUGACUGUGAGAAGCGCAUCACCAGCUGCAAGGGUGCCCAGGCGGACGUGGUGCUCUUUUUCAUCCAUGGUGUGGGAGGCUCCCUGGCUAUCUGGAAGGAGCAGCUGGACUUUUUUGUGCGCCUGGGCUACGAGGUGGUGGCACCUGAUCUGGCUGGCCAUGGGGCCAGCUCAGCGCCCCAAGUGGCCGCAGCCUACACCUUCUAUGCGCUGGCAGAGGACAUGCGCGCCAUCUUCAAGCGCUAUGCCAAGAAGCGAAAUGUGCUCAUUGGGCAUUCCUACGGUGUCUCCUUCUGCACGUUCCUGGCGCACGAGUACCCAGACCUGGUGCACAAGGUGAUCAUGAUCAAUGGCGGGGGCCCCACGGCGCUGGAGCCCAGCUUCUGCUCCAUCUUCAACAUGCCUACGUGUGUCCUGCACUGCCUGUCACCCUGCCUGGCUUGGAGCUUCCUGAAGGCUGGCUUUGCCCGCCAAGGGGCCAAAGAGAAGCAGCUACUGAAGGAGGGCAAUGCUUUCAACGUGUCAUCCUUUGUGCUGCGGGCCAUGAUGAGCGGACAGUACUGGCCCGAGGGUGAUGAGGUCUACCACGCCGAGCUCACUGUGCCUGUCCUGCUCGUCCAUGGCAUGCACGACAAGUUUGUGCCAGUGGAGGAAGACCAGCGCAUGGCUGAGAUCUUGCUCCUGGCCUUCCUGAAGCUCAUAGAUGAAGGUAGCCACAUGGUGAUGCUGGAGUGUCCGGAGACAGUCAACACGUUGCUCCAUGAAUUCCUGCUCUGGGAACCUGAACCCUCGCCCAAGGCCCUGCCUGAGCCCCUGCCCAUGUCUUCGGAGGAGAAGAAGUAGCUGCUGGGCCAGCUGGGCAUCGCCGAAGAGCAGGAGGUGGAGGAGGCCGGGAGCCAGGAGAAUCAGGGCCGGGUCUGCAGCCUCCACACUCCCAGGCCCGGUGGGCGGGGCAUGGUUUUUGAGGGAGCCAGGUGGGCACAACGCUCUCAGCUUGCGUCUUGUGAGGCCCAUUGGCUGCAGCCGGGACUCCCGCGGAGGAUGACCUUGUACACAAGCCCCCUUCCCACAAGGCCACUGCUGAGGCUGGCCGCUCACCCAGCUCUCUGUCUUCCGUGUGUCUGCCAUGCUUGAUCCAGGGACCCUUGGGGCCCCGCCCCAUUGCCCGAGACCCCUUCUCAUCCCCUAUUCCUGGGCGUUGGGAGUUAUUGUUGCCCAAGAGGGGGAGGGAUUGGGGGGGUUGGCGCCAUCGAACCUGCACAUCUCAACUUGUAAGUCAAUAAAAAGAAGUGACAAUCCUAGCCUCUGGACCUGUGCUGCG